UUUGUCGACUGGGAGUUGUGGCAGCAGAUGACUUUCGUCCUGGCUUGUGCCAUUGGCGUCGUCUUCAUCAUAGGCUUCGUGAAGCUAUGGUGGUCAAACCGAUACAUGGCCAAGCUCGAAAUCAUUGACGCGGAGAAGAGGGCACAUGCCUCAGAGAUGGAGUCAACCGGCCUGCCGCCCCCACGCAAGCAAUCCGAAAUCCCCUUUGGCGUCCGUGCCAUCCAGUCCGGCAUCGAAGUCGACGGUAUCUGGAUCUCCCGCCCCAACACGCCUGCCACCGACUCCCCUCCCAACUCAGCCAAGGGCAAGGGCAAGUACGUCUCCGUCGGUCCCAUCUCGCCCGCCUCAACAAACUCAUCAGACCCCUUUGGCUCUCCGCCUUCGUCUCGCAACGGUGGCGUCACGGUUGGUCCUCAGACAUACCGUCCAAAGUCCUUCUCCCAGAACGCCGUCGCGAGCCGCGCCGACGCGCUGAGCCAGCUCGAGGGCAACCCGAAUCCGCAAAACGCACCCUCCUACAGCACCUACCAACCCCGUGGCACCGGUCACGGCGUCGCCCCCUCCGAGGCCUACUCGGACGAGGCCACCAGCCCCGUCAGCCCCGUCGACCGCGGCAACGCCGGUAUCAGCAGCGAGAACUACAACGGAAUCGACGUCCGCGUUCCCAUCCGGGCCUCGCCCGUCGUCAACCGCCAGCUCAACAAGGUCCGCAACGUCACCGGCGCUGGUCCCGCCCAGCAACCCACGACCGGCGGCGGCGUUCGUUCCUUCAGCGGUAGCUUGCAGAUGCCCAAGAACGGCAAGGGAACGUACUCUACCGUGCCACAGGGCUCACCUGGCGGGGAUUUCACUGAUCCCUUUGCUACGCCUGUGACUACCCCUGGUGCCGACCAGGCGCUGCUUCCUUCCCAGCAGCAGCAGCAGGGAAACCACGUCAAGUUUGCGAAUGUUGAGUACAUUUCUAGCCAGCGCUACACCAGCGACGGCAGCAGUGGGAGCAGC